GACGUCGUGACGUCGCGUCCGCUUCCGGGUGAGAGGGUCUGUGAGUUUACAUUGCUCAGAGAGAAGCUGACAGAUGAAACACACUGCUGAAAUCUACAAAACACAUAUAUUUAUACUCUCAAUUAAUCUGCUAUUCAACAAACUGCUAUCGGUUUAGUGUCAAACUUACAGCACACAGAAAAAUCGUCAUUUAAGCUGAAACAGCGUGCGGAAUAAAAAUGAAAAGCACAUGAUGGUAGAAUGUGUUCUGGUGUAGUUUAUGUAAUAUGUGUAGACAGUAAAGACGAUAUAGCGAGUCAAAGUCUAAAGUGAGAGAAUCGGUUAUUUCACAUUCUUCACGUUUAAUUCGUCGUUUUGUGGAGAUCUGCAUGGAUGGAUAACUGAGGUAAACAUGAGCUCUCAGGAUAACAAGACAGAGUCAGAGCAGACAGAAGAGCAGCAGACCGGGGCUGCCAGUGAAGACAACAAACAGGAGGCUGUUGUUUGUCUGGGCAACAAUGAAGUGAAGAGUCGUGCAGUUGUGAAGUAUUCGGCCGCUCCGCCUCCCAGCACAUAUGCAUUACUGCAGGAGAAGACCGACCUCAAACUGCCUCCUGCUAACUGGCUCCGAGAGAAUGCCCAGCUGGGACCUGCAGGGACCACGGUGCUGGGUUCCAGCAGGAAAAGCAAACCUUUCUCCAGUUUUGGGAUGGCAUAUGACUUUAUCGACAGCAUUGGCGAUGAUGUUGACGUUGUGUCUGAUUCAGAGAACAUUAAGAAGUUGCUAAAGAUCCCGUACAGUAAAUCUCAUGUCAGCAUGGCCGUUCAUCGAGUGGGCGGCACUCUGCUGCUGGAUGACCUCGACAUUCAGGAGCUCUUCAUGAGAUCAUCACAGACCGGAGACUGGACGUGGCUGAAGGAGUUUUAUCAGCGUCUCAUCGACCAGAAGUGGCAGAGAAAGAAGAAAAGUAAAGAGCAUUGGAACGAGAAAGCCAUUCUCUCCAAAUUUCUCUAUUACAGCAUUAACAGUACUGGGGCGGCUGUGCCCGUGCCAGAUACAGACCAGACAGCAGACGACGGCUGUGGGUCGGGGGGCGGAGGGCCGUCUUGGCCUGCCACCUACAACAGCUCCUCACCUGAUCCAGAAGAGCCUGCUAUACCAAAGGAGGAGCAGGUGGACACAUAUGCUUUGGGUCAUGUGUCUUCAGUUCAUAAAGAGCAGAACCUGCCAACGCUGUUCGAUGAAGGAGAAAAUAGUCAGGGUUUAAAGAACGACUUCGCCCGGAAUAUUUUAUGGACUUUUGAGGACAUCCACAUGCUUGUGGGAUCAAAUAUGCCGAUAUUUGGAGGUGGUCGAUACCCAGCAGUCAGUCUACAACUCAGGGACAACAAUAAACCAAUCAACAUCCUCACAGGAAUUGACUACUGGCUGGAUAAUUUGAUGUGUAACGUACCAGAGUUGGUCAUGUGUUUUCACGUCAAUGGCAUCGUACAGAAAUAUGAGAUGAUAAAAACAGAAGACAUCCCAGAUUUGGAAAAUUCCAGAUUCUCGACACGAGUCGUGAAGGACAUUGCGCAGAACAUCCUGUCUUUCCUAAAAUCCAACUGUACCAAAGAAGGCCACACCUAUUGGCUCUUUAAAGCCAGUGGAAGUGACAUCGUGAAGCUGUAUGACCUCACGACUCUGUGCGAGGAAGCGGCUGAGGAGAAAUGCCAAAAUCCGUUCACGCUUCCUGUAGCUGUGCUGCUCUACAAAGUGGCCAGUAACAUGAUGCUAAAGAAAAGCCAAAACAGGAAGAACUACGACACAGUCCGAACUCUGCUGCUCAACUGUAUCAAACUGCUGAAUGAGGAAAGACAUCCACAGAUCAUCGCCUCUGCCCACUACAUGCUAGCAGAACUGUUCCAGUUAGAUGAUGUGAACGAAGAAGUGGGCAACGGGGAAUCUCUGAGGGGGGGCGGCUCUGAAGAUAGCUACAGUGACGAAGAUGAGGAGGAGGAGGAAGAUGAAGACGACAGCUGUUCCUACGGCAGCUCCUCUAAGCCGCAGGACGACUCCAAAGCCGUGGCGGUUAUAAAGUCUGUUGGCGAGCUGUCUGUUCCUGAGAAAUACAAGAGCACUCACCAGAUCAGACCUAACUGUGCCUUCCCUGUGUCGCAAGACAAAGUGGAGAAGUGUCGACUGGUUCUCAGCUAUGUUCUUAAGGGUCUGAAGGCAGUAGACAGCAGUAUAAAGAAAGAAACCGACCUGCCUGCCGCUGACCCCAGCACCCCCAUUCCUCUUAAGUAUGAGGAGAGAUCUCAGAGCGGAGCGAGAGAAGUGGAGAAGGAGAUCGCACUCCUGCUGGACAGAGGUUAGUCAUUCUCCUCUAACUCGACCAGAGAGCGAUGUUGUCCUCAUCAUCAUUACUCACGUUUCUCUGUCGUGCAUUUUUCAGUCGUUCCGUGUAAUGAGGACCUGAAGAUGCCGACACGCUCCGGAAUGCUCCCGGGCAGCUGGCAUCACCGUGUGAAACAGCAGCUCUUCCUGAAAGCGUCGAAGGCAUACUACAUCCUGUCAGAUUCUGCCACCAACCUGCUGAAGUACGGCCGUGCACUGCGUUACAUCAAACUGGCUCUGCAGUGCCAUGAUGCGUAUUGCUCCAUCAGCGGUGGUCUCCACCCACAGGUGCUCCUGUUCCACUGUCAGUGUCUGUCUCUGUGCGGUGAUGUUCAGCUGAUGUUGGCUCAAAACGCCUCCAACAGAGCCGCAUAUCUAGAGGAAUACAGCUAUCAGACCAAAGAUGACCAGGAGAUCUUACACUGCUUGCACCGCGAGAGCUCCUGCCAAGCCUUUAGCAUGGCCACCGAUCUGGCCACAGACCUCGAAUACCAGCUGAUCAUCAGCUGUAAGUGUUAUGAGGCGGCCCAUGACCUGUUGACCUCUGGAGUUCUGAAAGAUUUGGGACAGGAGCAGCUAGGUCAGGUUCUAAAGCGCCUAGGCAACAUCCGCAACGAGAUGGGCGUCUUCUAUAUGAACCAAGCGGCGGCCAUGCAGACCGAGAAAGAAGGAGUGCGGAGGACCGUCUGCGUGGCAGAGCAGGAGUUGUGGAAGAAGAGUUUCUCAUGUUUCGAGAAGGGAAUGCAGAAUUUCCAAGCGAUUUCAGACUCCGUGAACACAGCCCUGCUGCUGUGUAACAUCGGGCGGCUCAUGCGGAUCUGCGCACAGGCUCACUGCGUCAUGACAUCAGAAAACAGCCGCGGGGAGUUCUCGCCCGAAGAAGCUCUCUACUACAAUAAGGCAAAAGAUUAUUAUCAGAGGGCCCUGAAGUCUCUGGGAUGCCGGGACAGUCAUUUAGCAGUCUGGGAUUCUGUGAACUGGGAACUUUCAACAACAUAUUUUACUUUGGCCACACUGCUGCAAGAUUACGCUCCGCUGUCCCGCAAAGCACAAGAGCAGAUCGAGAGGGAAGUCACCGAGACCAUGAUGAAGUCACUGCGCUACUGCGACCUGAAGACAGAAUCUGCUCGCCAGCCGCUCUACCAGUACAGAGCUGCAACCAUCCACCACAGACUGGCUUCCAUGUACCACAGUUGUUACCGUAACCAGGUCGGAGACGAGAGCAUCAGGAAGCAACACAAGACUCAAGCCGAGCAGCAUUACAGCAAAGCCGUGCGGCUCUUCGUAAACCUGAGCGACGCUCCGUGUGAGCUGCUGCGAACGCUGCUGGAGAGAGUGGCCUUCGCCGAGUUCACCAUGGCAGGUCAGAACAGCAACACGGUCAAACUGAAAACUCUGACGGGAGCUCUGGAGACGAUGUGUGAAACUCGGCACGCUUUCAAACUCAUCCAUAAAGAACUGCUGGAGCUACAGGACAAAGUGAUGCUGACUCCAGAAGCCUCUGACAAAGCUGAAGAUGUCCAGGGUUCAGAUAGCACCUCCUCAGAGUUGAACACCGAAGAAGUUGUGAAGUUAAUUGGCGUGUUUGUGCCAAGUUUCUCCUUUCUGCUGUUACAGAUGAUUAAACUCAGCACUGCAAGCAAACGUAAACUUAGUGUGAAAGAAGAAGAGCAGGUGAAAGUCUAUAAGAACGUAUAUUCUCGGCUGUUGCGGGCUGAGAAGUCCAUCCCGCUUAUCCAGCGGGUUUCCCUCUUUCUGGAUCUACUGGAUCAGUUAAACCCGCCCACAGGAAGUGAUGAAACAACAUCAAAAUCUUGAGAAUAACAGUUCAGCUUGGUUCGAACAGUUUAAAGAAUGCUUGUUUUCUUUGGCUUCCUGGCUUAAUUUUUAUCUGCAAUGUUUGCAUAUGUUUUGAGAUGAACCCAUCUUGCUUUAACAGCAGCUGAUGAUCAAGGCAAUAAAAGAGAUGACAUCAUCUGUCUUUGAGAAGUACCAUAGAAAUGUGUGAACACAACCUGCACCAGCAGUGCCUUUACAUAUGUCCACAUUUAACAGGAUGAGCCAACAACAUACUCUGUCAUUUCCAAUAUGACAUUUGUUAGAAAGGAAAAGAAUAUGAAACUGUACAGUUGUUUGUAGAGCAUAUAUGUAUUUCUUAUUAGACACUAUGUACAAAAUGUGAACCUGUGAUUUACGCACGUUCGGGUGGAACGAAAUCACAGACUUUAUUUCUGGUGGAUAAGCUUAUGUAUUGAACUAUAAAAUGUGCAAUAAUUUGGCAAGCCUCGAUGCAACAGGUGCAGUUAUGUUUGAGAACGCUUGUUUUGACUUGGCUUUCAAUAAACGUUUUUUAAAGUUA